AACAUGGAGGCAGACUUUUCAGAGAUAAGAAGUGAGCUGCAGUCACAGGAUGCUCUCUGGAGAAGGAUACGUCUGAAAUGCCAACAGUUGCAUACAGAAUUAUUGAAAAUCAGAGAGUAUAAAGAUAUGCAGGAAAUUCAAAUAAAGCAUCAGUCAUCUUGUGUACAACCUACUGAGCAACUGGAGUAUAAAAACACUGAGUUAUUACUGUUGGCACAAAGUCAAGAACACCAACAAGAAGAGCUAAACAAGAUAAGAAACCAUUUUUAUCGAGAGAAGCAGUCCCAUCGCUCUGAGCAGGAAAGAAUGAAGACAGAAAUCUCUGACCUAACAGAAGAGCUUCAUCAGAAGGAGAUCACUAUAGCAACUAUCAUGGAGAAAGCUAGUCUUCUGGAAAGACAGUUAAAAAUGGAGUUAGAGAUAAAAGACAAAUUGUUAGCAAAACAACAGUUGCUGGAUUUCCAAUACAAAGUUAUCAAAUCUGAAAACACACAUCUAAAAGAGAUGGUGGAAAACCAGGAGAGUAAAAGUUGCACGAGUAUAGAUUUAUCUAACAAAGAACAUGGAAAUUUCACAGCUUCCAUUCACAAACUGGAACAUGAGAAUGUAAGAGUACAAAAUAGUCUUCUUAAACUACAAAAUUACACAGAAACAUCAAUACUGGGUUGCAUGGAUACAUAUGGAGAAACAGAGCACAGCUACCAAACCCAUGUGAAGAUGCAAGAAAAGGAAGAGAGAACUUUCCAAAAGAAAGAUACACGGGAAAUGGAACAUCAACAGACUGCUAUGUUCACAGCCAAUGGAUACCACAGAAACUGUGGUCCUGCUUUAUAUGGCCAAGGCAAUAUCACUGGUUCAAAAAGUGAUAGCACUUUACCUUCUUAUACACUUGACAGAGGUCAUGAAAAGAAAAUAGAUGGCAGAUCUCCAUCACCACCAAUGAGGUAUCCUUUGGGCUUUGGUGUGCCGUCUCCUGAAGAGGGCAGAACAGACAGUUUACUGAGCCCUGCUUACAAUGCAGAAGAAAUCAAAUUAUCUUCUCCCCCUGAGAUGUCCUUCCUUGCAACAACAGAAAAGUUCCUUCAAGAGGAAGAGAAACAUACAAGAGAGCUUGAAGAACGUUUAAAUUUGCACCUUGAAGAACUGCAAAGACUUUCUGAAAAUACUCUAAAAAAAUAUGCCAGGAUACAGCAAAGCAGGCAUACUUAA